AUGCUUGGGACAAACCGAACAACAGAGGAGGAAGUCGGAGGUGUAGAGGGAAUGAAGUUGCUGGUCCACCAUGAAGAGUUCAAGCGCCUUAAUGUCGCUUUCGCCCUCGACGAAGGAAUCGCAUCCCCCAAGGACGCGCUCAAGGUCUUUUAUGGCGAGCGCAUGCCCUGGUGGAUCAAAAUCACUGCUACAGGCCCCACUGGACAUGGAUCACAGUUCAUUAAGGAGACUGCUCCCACCAAGUUGUUGAAGGUCAUCGAGAAGUUUAUGAACCUCCGCAACGAGCAGGAGAAGUUGCUUGAGGUCGGAUUGCACCACAACGGGCAGAGGUAUACUUUGGGCGAUGUUACUACCAUCAACCUCACCUUCUUGCAGAGCGGUAUUCAGUACAACGUUAUUCCUAUGGAGGCAACCUGCGGCUUCGAUAUCCGCGUCAGCCCCUUCUUUGACAUGAAGGAGUUCCAGGCCAAGAUCGAAGGCUUUGUCGCCUCCCAGCCCGGAGUGACGAUGGAGUUUGUUAAUGGACACUUUGACAACACGCUGACGGCGAUUGACGAGUCCAACAUCUGGUGGACGGUGUUCAGCGAUGCCUGCAAGGGCAUGAACGUCGACUAUGAGACCGAGAUCUUCCCUGCGGCAACGGAUUCGCGCUACUUGCGUGAAGUGGGGAUCCCCGCAUUGGGAGUCUCGUACCUCAAGAACACGCCCCUCUUGCUCCACGACCAUGACGAGAGAAUGCAUGAGGAUAUCUUUUUGGAGGGCAUUGAGUUCUAUAACACUUUGAUUACAAGACUUUCGAACGUUACUGCGGCCGAGGUUGAAGCUACCUUGAUUAAGUAG